AGAAUGACAAAUAUGGCGUUAAUACUUAUGUGCAUGACUGUAUGUACGGUCACAGCACAGACUUUCCAGUACUCAAGGGGUUGGACCAAUGGGAAAAGAGAUGGCAUCAGAAACCAUGUGUUAGGACGCAUCUUCUCCCCUUGUCAGUUGAUGAAACUCAAGUACAUUCUUGAUGGAAAACCGAUAGACGAAAGGUUCUACGCGCCUUGUGAGUACCACAAUGAAGAUCUAGAGGCGCCAUCUAAGCGGUACAAAACAGAACCAAAUCAAGAAACUCUCUUUGAAGUAUUUCAGUAAGAUUCGCGUAAAAGGCUACUUCAACGAGAUUGUUAACGA